UGCGCAGUGGAAAGCCGCACCGGGGAGCUGCUGAGGGGCGCCGGUGUCAUGUGAAGGCACACAUGCUCUGCCAUCCACGCACGCUCCCUCUCUCUUCUUCCUCAGCGUGUUUUUCCUGUCUUUUCUAACGUAACUCCUUUCCUUUCCCCUCCCCUGCUUCGCUACUAGCCACCCGCCGCCGCUCCGCGGCCCAGGCGACCCCCGCAGGGGCUCCGCAGCGGGCGGGCGGGCGCGGAGCGGCCGCCAGGGAGGGGCGCACCCAGUGACAGGCAGCCCGCGGAACCGCGCCCCGCGGAGCCGCCUCGGAGGUAUGGUUUUCCUGGCGGAGCAGAGCUGCGGCGGCUGCCGCCUCCGCGGGUGCUGAGACGGGAUUUUGGUGGUGCGGUUCCCGGGCUCCCAGCUUCAUGACUGCGCGGAGCGGGGAGCCAACACCAUGCGAGCGCAAAUUGAAGUGAUACCAUGCAAAAUUUGUGGUGAUAAGUCCUCUGGAAUACACUAUGGAGUCAUCACUUGUGAAGGCUGCAAGGGAUUCUUUCGGAGGAGUCAGCAGAACAAUGCCUCCUACUCCUGCCCAAGGCAGAGAAACUGUUUAAUUGACAGAACCAACAGAAAUCGUUGCCAACACUGCCGACUGCAGAAAUGUCUUGCCCUGGGAAUGUCUCGAGAUGCUGUGAAGUUUGGAAGAAUGUCCAAAAAGCAGAGGGAUAGCUUGUACGCUGAAGUGCAGAAGCACCAGCAGCGACUGCAGGAGCAGCGGCAGCAGCAGAGUGGUGAGGCAGAAGCGCUCGCCAGGGUUUACAGCAACAGCAUCAGCAACGGCUUGAGCAACCUGAAUAACGACACUGGCAGCACCUACUCAAACGGGCAUGUCAUUGACCUGCCGAAGUCUGAGGGUUAUUACAAUGUGGAUUCUGCCCAGCCUUCCCCAGACCAGUCUGGGUUAGACAUGACUGGAAUCAAACAGAUAAAGCAGGAACCUAUCUAUGACCUCACCUCUGUACCAAACUUGUUUACCUAUAGCUCCUUCAACAAUGGGCAAUUAGCUCCGGGGAUAUCCAUGACUGAAAUAGAUCGAAUUGCACAAAACAUCAUUAAAUCUCAUUUGGAGACAUGUCAAUAUACAAUGGAGGAGCUGCACCAGCUAGCGUGGCAGACUCACACAUAUGAAGAAAUUAAGGUUUACCAGAGCAAGACCAGAGAAGCCCUGUGGCAGCAGUGUGCCAUUCAGAUCACCCACGCUAUCCAGUAUGUGGUGGAGUUUGCAAAGCGCAUAACAGGCUUCAUGGAGCUCUGCCAGAACGACCAAAUUCUCCUUCUUAAGUCAGGCUGUUUGGAAGUGGUUUUGGUGAGAAUGUGCCGUGCCUUCAACCCACUCAACAAUACUGUUCUGUUUGAAGGAAAGUAUGGAGGGAUGCAAAUGUUUAAAGCCUUGGGUUCUGAUGAUCUAGUGAAUGAAGCGUUUGAAUUUGCAAAAAAUCUAUGCUCCUUACAGCUGACUGAGGAGGAGAUUGCCUUGUUUUCGUCUGCUGUUCUGAUAUCACCAGAUCGAGCGUGGUUAAUAGAGCCAAGGAAGGUCCAGAAGCUUCAGGAAAAGAUUUACUUUGCACUUCAACAUGUGAUCCAGAAGAACCACCUCGACGAUGAGACUUUGACAAAGUUAAUAGCCAAGAUACCAACCAUAACUGCACUUUGCAACUUGCACGGAGAGAAACUACAGGUAUUUAAGCAAUCUCAUCCGGAUAUAGUGAACACACUGUUUCCUCCAUUAUACAAGGAGCUUUUCAAUCCAGACUCAACCACUGGCUGCAAGUGAAGGGGAUAAUAGAAUUUUCACGUAGUCAUGGAAUGCGUCACUAUUAAGACAAAAUGAAAUGUUUUCAUGAAGAACUUAUUGAAAAUGUCACUACUGCAACACUAGGAAUGUCCUGCACUUAAUAGAAUUAUUUUUCACCGCUACAGUUUGAAGAAUGUAAAUAUGCAACUCUGAGUGGGGAUGUCUUUUUUCUCUUUUCUUUGUUUACUUUUUCGUUUUAAACUGACAAUGAAUAUACAAAUAUAGGACACUGGGUGUUACUUUUUUUUUUUUUUUUUUUUUUUUUUUUUAAUUUUAUUGGGGGUUAUUUUGGGAGACAACUGUUCCUAGAAUUUUAUUGUAGAUAUACAUGAGAAUAGAGGAGUACUUUGCAGUAUUACUCUUGCUGUUUAUUGUUCAAAUAUAAUUUAAGAAAAUUCCACUUAUUAGACUUGCCUAUUUCUAUGUUUUUAGAUAGUUUAAUGCAUGUGGAAAUUUGUAGCUGUCUUGGAAAUUAUGGUGCAUGUAUGAAAUACACAUAUAUAUGUAUAUAUGCUAUAUACUUUAUAUACAUAUAUAUAUGUAGGUAUUAUAUGCAUACAUGCUGUAGCUUAAAAAUCCCAUGCCUACUUUUAAAGGAUGCUCAGCCUGGCUGUCAUGCAUUUCUUACUCUCCAAAUAACAUGUUAGAUUUACUUUGCCAUUCAGAGUUAAAUUAUCAGCUGCCGAUGUGUAAUGACAGAAUCACUUCUGAGGUAUGUGUAAUGUAGUGCAUGUGUGCAGUCUGUAAAUGAAACAUCAGGAAUGUAUCAAUGGUGCAAAAGCCUUGUCUGGAUGAUUUUAGCAGAGAGAACACAAGUUUUUGUUAUAGGGAUAGGUCACAUAAAAAAGUGAGCAUUAUAGGGCAUAAUGGCAGUAAAGUAUCCGAAACACAGAGUGAAAAUGUAGACUAUCCCACAUGUAUGCUUUUCUGAUUCCACACAUGAUUUUAUUUUAUAUAUACUAUUUUGGAAAGCAGUUGCAAGGCUUGGUUUGGUUUUUGCCAAACUCAGUGAAAAGAUGUAUAUUGAACCCAGCAAAAACCACAGGAAGCCUAAAAUGUAGCUCUGAAAAGUAACGGCAGAGGGAGGUAGGGAGGAGGAAAGUCAAAGCAAGCAAUGACCAUGGUUACAAAGGCGAAUGUAACUAUCACUGUUUGUGACAUAGCCAUCAUCUAAAUGAGACUGAUGGUUUCCAAAUCACACAUACAUAUAUGCAUGUUACAUACACAUGCAUAUAUGUAUGUAUAUAUCCGUAUGUAUAUAACUGUGUAUAUAUACUUACAUAGAGUUGAUUUUAGAUGCGCUUCAGGAGGGGAGCAAAGGAUCAGAACUUGCUUUUUUUCUGUCUCUGCAUUGACUUUAUGUGCAUUUGCUUGCAAAACCAAAGGCAAACACAGAGGUGAGUGGAAGACUGCCAUGGACUUAAUCUUGUGGAUUAAUUAAGUUUAAUUAGCAGUCAUGAUUAAUGUAUUUGAAUCCUGCCAGAGACAGAAAAUAAAGACUUCUUAGCUAUGGCAGAGGAAUUCAGUUUCUGCUAUAGCUCUGUCCUUACCACCAGUUUUACUCUUGUGAGCAUUUCAGAUGACUGUCCUCCGGAAACACCAGUGGAGGGAGCAGAGCAUAAAUAAGAGGAAACAGACAGCAGAGAAGAAACAAACACAGGUUCACAAGCAAAUACAUUUCUUUAUUUCCAGUCACACAGAAGUCAGUGCAGUCAGAGGCAAUGUGAGGAGGAGCAUGCUGGCAGGAGGCUGCACGGCAGAGCAGUGUCAGAGGGGGGACACAGCUGGGCCCCAGGGUGGGUGCAGAAACUUGUUUUGUUGAUGUAAUAACUUAAUGCCUCCCACUUUUCCAGCAUACUGGCACAGAUCUGAUCUCAAUCUUCUGUUCCCUUUUCUGCAUGACCAAAUAAUUUACAGAGUAAAGUACUUUGUGGAGUUUUCCAUUGCCCUCAUCAGCCAGUUUGCAAGUUUACAUACGUUUCAUGACAAAAUCCCAUCUGCACAUUAUCAAUGUUUGUCUACUCUGUUUUAGCAAUGCCAAACCAUAUGCAAGAGCAGUUAAAAACUCUCAGCUAAUAAAUGUUUCUUUUUACGUCCAUUACAGCUUCAAAAAGAAAAAAAGAACAAAUGUGCACAGCAAAGUUAGAUGUACUGAGAAUUUUGUUGCAAACAUGACACACUCUUCAAAAUUACUUAGUCCUAUAUAACAGCAAUUUCUAGAAUACCUUUUUUGUUCCAAAUUCCGAGCACAUUUCUGAUCUCUGGUGAUUACAUUAAAAUGUCUUCAAUUAACAUCAUAAAGCUUGAUUCUUCUUUAUACCACUUAAACAAAAAAAAUGGCAUUCCCCUUUAAGGUGAUUUAUCUGUUUGCAACCCCUUUUGCAUGGCAAAUCCAUGAAAAGGACUCCAAACUCCAACUCUUUCUAAUAACAAAAUGCUUAAUUAACUAUAUUUCUGUACUGCUUGUGUGAAUUUAUUUGGGAAAAAAAUUCAGUCUGAACCCUAGAAGUGCUCAGUUUUAACUGCAGGGGAUUCAUAUUUUCCUUAUCUUUUCCAGCACAAGAACACAUGUAUAUAUUUGUUUGAAAUUCUUUAUAAACUUGUUUUCAGUAUAUCAAAAUUAACAUGUUUAGUCAACCCACAGAAAUAUAAAAUAUGUGAUAAAUAUUACUGUUCUUAGGGGUUUGUUAUGUUUAUAAAUAGUCCUUCACAGUUACAGAUUACAUCUUGAAAAUAUUUUGUUCUUUUCAAAUAAGUUAAUCAGACCUUGAGAUUUUUUACUUAUGUCUUAGGCAAGAUAACCAAAUGGAGAUCACCAGUGAAAAAGACAUUAUUUAAUCAUUACCAGCAAGGCUUUUAAUCCUUAAAGCACUGUUCUUAAAUCACUGCAACCUCAUGACCUUUUCAGUCAGUAAGGAUUACUGCCACUUCUUAAAGACGCAGAAAUGGAGGAAAAGAAGUUAAAUUAGUUGCCGGAGACCACGAAGGUCGCAGUUUUUAGCCCUGGUGUAAAAAUGGAUUCUUGUCUUUUGGUCCUAAAAAUAUAAAGAUCCUGGUAUACAAAAUCUUCAUUUCCAUUGAUAGGCAGUAGCCUCUACAAACAAUUACAAAUACUGCCAAGCAAAUAUUUGUCUUCAAGUAAUGUUAAUUAUCAACAGUUUGCUCUAUUUUUGUUAGUACUUUUACAGAAUUUGAGCAAAUAACCUUGUUGUUUAUUUGGAAAAUAAAAAUUCAUUCUUAUACAUUACUUAUUUGUGGUAACUAAGGCUGAUAAAUUUUAUUUAAUUUUCUGUGAUUUGGGAUUGGCCAUGUAGGUAAAGUAGUACCUCUUUUGCCCUUCGCUGACUGAGUUUAAAACAACAAAAAAUUAUUACAUGCUAUAGGGUAGAUUUUUGAUGUAGGUUUUAAUACAUAGUCAUUUAUACUUAAAAUUUCAGAUUCUUGAUAUUGGAUUAAAUGUGUUGAAGUUAUCGAUAGACUUUAAAUAAUAAAAUAGCAUGAAUUCUAGUAUAUAACUGCAUAAUACUCUCACAAAAUGCAUUUCAGAUAAUAUUAGUGCUGCUCUUUGUUUCUUCUUGGCUUUCAUUAGUUCACAGUAGUAUCUGAAGCCCUUCAGUUAAAUCUCUAAAACAAGGAUUUGUCAUAUCUGCUCUCUCUAGUAAUUAGUUAUGUUUGUUGAUUUUUUUAGUGACAAGCUUUUUAAAUAAGACACUUUUUUUUAAUGAUUUAUUUACCCGGGAUUUUUGACAGAAGGAUAUUUAAAGCAUGUAUUGAAUCAUCUAGCAUUGCUCUCGCAAUAAUUCAAACACGUUGAUCUAAAUUAUCCUUGGCAUCAAGGAAGCAGAUGUAGGCUUUUCAUUAUACUACCACAGAAACUUAAUUUUGCUGUAAAUGUCACUCUUGCCAGCUCUUUGUAUAAAGAAUUAAUUCCAAGAGUCAUAUUUCCUUCUAAUGGAAAUACUGCUUUAGUGAUUGCUAGGAAAAAAAAACAAAAAAAAACAAACCAAACACCACACACAAAAAAACCCAGGGUAAUAGAAUGCAUUCAGUUGACCCAACUUCUUUCCAAAAGCAAGGUAUAUUUUUUGAUUGGUUUGUGUUAGGCAGCAUUUAGGAAUUGAUUCCACUAGUUGUCAGGCUCCCUUAGCUCCACCUAGCACUACUGAACAUGGAGGCAGCUCAGCACCACAUAGAAAGUGCUCAGCCCCUCGUAAAGUCCAAGGCCCAUGGUGUUAAGAGGGCCCCUUUCAGCUUUGUGGAGCACAAGUCAGUUGUUAUCUCAUACUUGCUUUUUAAUGCUUUUACUUCACGGUUCCCAUUGUCCAUUUCAGCUCUUUUUCACAGGGAUCAGUUUGUUCCUCCUGUUGCACCUUGGGCUCCAAUGCUGUCUCGAUGCCUCUGCCAGGUUAUGGUGCUCCAGGUGGAGCAGCAACCAGACUUGUGCAUGAAGAUGAGCUUUACUAUGGGAUUUUCUUUGUUUUCAUGGUGGCAGCUUGCAUAGGUGUACAUUCCUCUUUGGGAUAGUUUGCAGGGGUUUCUGACAUGACAACUUCUACACAAAGAGGGUUCAAAGCUGCUCUUGUGCUUUGGCCUCUCAGCCUCCCACCACUAGUCCAUGAGAGCUGCUCAAAGACUGCAGCAGUCUCACAAAGCACUCAGGCAGCACCCUCAGAGAUGUGCAGCUGAUGGCUCCCUUCCCUGUAUUUUUUCACUCCCUCUAAAGGGGUGCUACAAAGCACAUUUGAAAGAUGUUCAGGCUCCUCUGUCCUCCUUCCUCCUGGCUCUGUAUUAUGUGCUGUUUCCAGAAGAGCCAACGUCCAGGCUGGAAGUUGGUUCCUGUUUUCAGAGUCAUUGUCUAUUGGACAUCCCAGGAAUACAGCACUGGGCAAUAAAGUCAAUCUGAAACAUGGAAGAGAUAUUUUAUCCAAGUAUGUCUAACCAUAUAUGAAAUAGAAACCUGAGACAGAACAGCUCGCUUUUCCCUGGCAAUAACAAAAUAGUGUAUUUAUACCUACCAACCUGUCCCAGCACUUUCUGCCUCCACUCUAGAAGCUAACUCCUAUCUCUGACAUCCAUUAGGAACAGUGUGUUGGAGAUCCAGACCUCUUAUUUCCUUUUUAAGUUUCAUGCUUUGUAAAUGACAAUCACUGCUUGACGCAGAUGUUGCACUGUAUGCCACUCAGGGAUGUUUCAUUACUAAAAAUAGCUAUAUAAAUAUAACAGUGAUAAUAAGGAAGAGAAUGUUAGAGGCUUUGAAGGGCAUGGGGUUGAGCUGCCCAAAUGAACGAGACCCAGACAAGGCUUUCAAGCCAGUGAUUAGGAGUAACAUUGGUAUAAACUGAAUUCACUGUCAGCAUUUCCUCAGCUUGAUGCAGGACUCACUUGACCCGUUGUUUCACAGUCAGUAGAGCUCUACUGACCCAUCAGUCUGAGAUGUUAAAGUCCUUUUGGAAACAGAACACAGGCAAGCUUUGUACAAGUUACUGAAUUUAGACAACUGACUAAAGAAAGUGCAGUUUAAAGGUGCUGAGUUUAGGUACCAUUAGUCUGAGUGCAUAUUCAGAAUUGCUGUGGGCAUGUAAGAAGAAAGGUUAAGACGUGGAACAAAUGAUGGUAUGUCAGCAAUGACAGCAACAAUUAUGCCGAGCUACCACAUGGAGAAAUGACUAUAAAGAGCAAGUAGUGUAACGUGGCUAACAGCUACCCCUUCCUCUCAGGGAUGCUACCCCUAGUCCUCUGUAGCAAUGUAUCUCCGUGGUAUGACCAGUCCUUUUCUCACCUCAGGCAAACAUGACAUCAUUUUAUACUGUGCUAGUGAAAAAUACUCCCAUUUUCUAGAAUUUCAAAAUGCGCUUCUGCUUAUUCCUAGCUUUACACCAUGCUUUUUAUAGACCUAUCAUUACAAGGACACACGCACGAAGAAAAAUUGCUGUGGGUUAUAUUGCCUGUUAUUGAGUUAAUUCCAGGUCUCCAGCCAAGAGGUUUACCUCAGCUCUGAGUAUGAUCAUCGCUCCUGUUCCCACAGUGAGGAUGUAUGCGUUUUUACUCACUCCAUCUUCUGAAUUCUCUACACCUAGGAGGUGGGUGGACAACUUGAAGAGGUAAAAAGGAGAGGCAAACAUCCUUACGCACCAAGGUUUCAUAAUCAUAUUCCUUGCCAACUGUCCUGUUGCAAUUUGAAUUUCAGUCUUUCAGGUUGCUGGGAGCCCUGUCCAAGUGAGUGAAGUUCUUGUUAACAUGAUACCUGCCCAUUAAAAAGGGCAGUCUUGUGGCCAGAGGACCUUGCCUCUCUUUCAUUUCCUUUUACUCCUAAUGAAUGAGGCCUGGAGUGGUAAAUGAUUCAUCUUUCUCAAAGCCGAUCCUCACCUGCAGCAUGCAAUGGAGGCUCCACCCAGGAGGUGGGAAGCAGGCUCCUUCCUCCUCUUCCUCCCAGCCUCCACCCAGCUGCAUUGUCCCUGCACAUGUUGUCCCUGGAAGUAAGGCCAUGUGACAAUGAGCCCAACACACCAGUAAUUCACCAUCCCAGAAGUGGCUGGCAGAAGAUGACUUAACUAAUAAAAGCCACUUGUGUAUGCAGUCUGUAGACGAAUGUCAUUGUGAAAAAAAAAAAAAAAAAUCUAAAAUUUCUGCAGUGGUAGCUCAUAGUCGGUAACUCUCCAAAAAAACACAGCCUGAACGUCUAGUGACAUGGUAGAUGUGUCAGUGUCCACCAGACAAUUUUUGCAUUUUGUUUGUGCUGAGAGGAUAAGGCAAUGCACAAAAUGCUCUGGGAGAGAUAUCCUGGGUGUUACUGCAGGCUGCGAGGAUAGUACUGCUCACAGUGAGUUCAGUAAAGCAUUGUACUACAUUUACACAAUUUCAUCAUCCUCACAAUUCCAGAACAUCACAUAGGGAGAGUGAAAGAAAACAUCAUUGGAUAUAGCAGCAAUAAAUAAAUUUUAAGUGUUUCUUUGUAACUGCACUUGCAGAAAAUGUUUGCUUUGCACGUGGUCUUCUGUACAAUAACAAAGAAAAAGCUUCAUCUAAUGUAGAUAUCAAAGUGUUUUUGCAUAUUUGUUGGAUUAGUUGGAUGGAGCUGCUCAUUUGUGAUCAAAGAUACUGCUGUUGAGCAAAAUGUAUGUGCUUCAAGAAAAGGCUGAGGCCCUUGUUUAUGGCUGUACAUUGGCAGCAGUAAAGUAUAUUCAAUAUAAAACUCCAUCUAGAUAGAAUUUUUAAAAUGUCUGCUAGUUUUCGAUAUUAUGAUCAUGUUGGUCCCUUAUUUGGGCAACAAGAACACAACUGCAUUGAAAAACAAGCAGGGCCAGAUGGUCAGCCACAAAGAACAAUAAAGAACAGGCUUUAUCUUGAAGACUGUUCCAGAUAAAACCAGCUUAUUAAAAAAAAAAAAAAAAAAGAAAAAAAAAAGAAAAA